UUUUAUAGAUGUGAGGACCAGAUAAAUGCAUUUAGAAGACAACUGCAGAGGAUUUUCAUAUUUUGUUUGUCUUAUUUGUUAAUAAUUAACAGCACUUUUUAGAAUUGAUUACAAACAGAAAGAUAGAAUAUGUAUAAUAGAAAUAUUAAGCUGAUUUUCAAAUAAACUGGUAAAUUUAGAGGCAAUAAAUCCUCUCCAGAAAACUGACACACACGUUACACAUGUUGACCCUCUCACCAUCACCAUACACAAACACGUGCAUGUGCCGGCACACACCCACAAGAUAUAAAGGUAAGUAGUUGUGGGGAAAAUUUAGUCAAUGUCCGACCGCUUCCAGCAGGAUGUCUCGAGAUUAUUUUGGAUUUUCUUUCAUCACAAGAAGUACAAGAAAUGCGAGCAAUGGGAACACGGUGGCCCUCAACAACCCAGCCGACAUUUCUGUUAUUGUAAUCUAUUUUCUGGUUGUCUUGGCUGUGGGAAUAUGGGCGAUGGUACGCACCAAUCGCUCCACCGUGGGUGGCUUUUUCCUCGCAGGAAGGAGUAUGGUGUGGUGGCCGAUUGGAGCAUCACUCUUCGCUAGCAACAUAGGCAGUGGCCACUUUGUAGGGCUUGCAGGUUCGGGUGCAGCUGCAGGAAUAGCCACUGGUGGAUUUGAAUGGAAUGUUCUUAUUGUUAUUGUGUUACUGGGAUGGAUCUUUGUGCCAAUUUACAUCAAAGCUGGGGUGGUUACUAUGCCUGAGUACCUGAAGAAAAGGUUUGGAGGAUCCCGCAUUCGAAUCUAUCUGUCAGUGCUCUCCCUGAUCCUCUACAUCUUCACUAAGAUCUCAACAGACAUGUUUUCUGGAGCCAUUUUCAUCAACCAGGCUCUUGGGCUGAACAUCUACGUUGCAGUUAUUGCGCUUCUACUGAUCACUGCAGUGUACACUGUCACAGGUGGACUUGCUGCAGUGAUAUACACAGACACCUUACAAACCUUCAUCAUGCUAAUAGGGUCUUUCAUUCUUAUGGGCUUUGCUUUCAAUGAGGUGGGAGGUUACGCAAGGUUUGAAGAGCUCUACAUGCAGGCGGUCCCAACAAUCAAAGGGAAUUUUAGCGCUGAGUGUUUUGAGCCACGACCAGACUCCUUCCACCUUUUUAGGGAUCCAGUGACUGGAGACCUGCCGUGGCCAGGCAUGGUCUUUGGACUCACUAUUCAGGCCAUUUGGUAUUUUUGCAAUGACCAGGUGAUUGUUCAGCGUUGCCUCUCUGCCAAGAAUCUCUCUCAUGUAAAAGGUGGUUGUGUCUUGUGUGGCUACUUGAAACUGCUGCCGAUGUUUCUCAUGGUUUUUCCUGGGAUGAUCAGCAGGAUUCUCUAUCCCGAUGUGGUGGCGUGUGUGGACCCAGAAGAAUGUCAAUCAUACUGCGGCUCUAGUGUGGGAUGCAGCAACAUCGCCUAUCCCAAAUUAGUGGUGGAUCUCAUGCCCAAUGGUUUGCGGGGUCUCAUGCUUUCUGUGAUGCUGGCGUCUCUGAUGAGCUCCCUUACCUCCAUCUUCAACAGUGCUAGCACUCUCUUCACAAUGGAUAUGUACACCAAGAUCCGCCCCAGAGCCAAAGAACGGGAGCUCAUGAUUGCUGGCAGAUUGUUUACCUUGGGUUUGAUUGGUGUGAGCAUCGCGUGGAUCCCUGUAGUUCAGACAGCUCAGAGUGGUCAGCUCUUUGACUAUGCUCAGUCCAUUACCAGCUACCUUGCUCCACCAAUUGCAGCCGUCUUCAUCCUCGCCAUCUUCUGUAAACGUGUCAAUGAGCCUGGUGCCUUCUAUGGACUCAUGAUUGGUCUGCCAAUAGGCCUGUCCAGGAUGAUCACUGAGUUUGUGUAUGGAACGGGUAGCUGUGCUAACCCCAGUGAUUGUCCAACAAUUAUUUGCGGCGUGCACUACCUUUACUUCGGCAUCAUCCUGUUUGUGUUGUCGUGUAUCAUCAUCAUUGGUAUAUCCCUAAUGACCAAACCCAUUGAAGACAAACAUCUGCAUCGACUUUGUUGGAGCCUUAGGAACAGCACUGAAGAGAGGGUAGACCUGGAAAAAGAUGACUGGGUUGGUAGGGAGGACAACAGCAUAAAUGAAAAAGAACCUAAAAAAGAACAAGGCUUCUGUAAGAAAGCGCUGCUGUGUUUCUGUGGGCUGGAGGAGAGUGAAGCUCCGAAAUUAAGUCCUGAAGAAGAGGCAGAGCUGAAGAAGCAGCUCACAGACACCACAGAAGCACCUUUGUGGAGGAAGGUGGUGAACACCAAUGCAAUCAUACUUUUAUCUGUGGCUAUGUUUUGCCAUGGUUUUUAUGCUUAGAGAAGCUUUAACUGUCUUUCCAAGUAAUCUGAUUAUGAAGAUUAACAUGUUAACAUAUUAUAAUAUUGACAGAAACAUUUUUUUUCUAUUAUUCAAAUUUUAUAUACGUAGAUAUUACAUGCUAUACUAUUCUGGUCUUGCAUUUUACUUGAGGGAAGAAACCCUCUAAACACUUUAUCAUGUUAGGCUCACAGAAUUAAAAUAAAAAAAACACUAGGAGUAAUAGCCAUGGACUGUUUGUCUGACAUAAAAUCCACAAAAAACACUAAGGAAAAUGUUAAUGUGCAAAUCUGUACUGGUCAUGUUUAACUUUGUUAUACUACUAAAAUGUUUAAAUUUUUGUUCAUAUCUUGCUGUUUCUUUAAUAAAGUUUUGAAGUUUUGUCAUCUA